CCCCCCAAACUUUUUAGUUCUUCGUUUAUCGAGAUCUGUACCCUGGACUCUGACCCUUCUUUCACAUUCUUCGGCAUAUAUUUUCCGGAUACGGGCAACGAUGAUUCGCUCCGUCGUUGGCGUUCUUCUCUUAUGCCUACUUUCAGUUUCAAUUCUAAGCGUUGAUGCUCGGAAUAGCGUCGGCGAUGUGCUCAGGCUACCGUCGGAGAUGACGAAAUUCCCUGGUCGCAGUGGCAACUGCGACGAUGAUGAUUCCGUGGGUACCAGAUGGGCCGUUCUCAUCGCUGGUUCUAACGGUUACUGGAACUACCGCCAUCAGUCUGAUGUGUGCCAUGCCUAUCAAAUCUUGAGAAAAGGUGGAAUGAAAGAUGAAAACAUCAUUGUUUUCAUGUACGAUGAUAUUGCUUUCAAUGAGGAGAACCCUAGACCUGGCGUCAUCAUCAAUAACCCACUUGGUGAUGAUGUUUAUGAAGGAGUUCCAAAGGAUUAUACUGGAGAUAAUGUUACCGUUGACAACUUCUUUGCUGUUCUCCUUGGAAACAAAACUGCUCUUACUGGGGGUAGUGGGAAGGUUGUGGAUAGUGGUCCAGAUGACCAUAUUUUCGUUUACUAUACUGACCAUGGUGGUCCUGGGGUGCUUGGGAUGCCAUCUGGUCCUUACCUCUAUGCAAAUGAUCUGAUAGAUGUGUUAAAGAAAAAGCAUGCUUCAGUGACAUAUAAAAGCUUGGUGUUCUAUCUUGAAGCUUGUGAAUCUGGGAGUAUUUUUGAGGGCCUUCUUCCAGAAGGCCUAAAUAUCUAUGCAACAACGGCAUCGAAUGCAGUGGAGAGCAGUUGGGGAACCUACUGUCCCGGCGAGGUUCCUCCUCCUCCUCCAGAAUUUGAGACCUGUUUGGGUGACUUAUACAGUGUUGCUUGGAUGGAAGAUAGUGAUGCACACAAUUUGAGGACUGAAACUCUGAAGCAGCAGUAUCAACUGGUAAAAACAAGGACAGCGAAUGAAAACUUUGCUUAUGGCUCCCAUGUUCAGCAGUAUGGGGAUUUAGGUAUUAAUGAGGAGCACCUCUUUCUGUAUAUGGGUACAAAUCCGGAAAAUGAUAAUUCUACCUUCAUACAAGAAAACUCUUUGCCAUCUUUUUCAACGGCAGUUAACCAAAGGGAUGCAGAUCUUCUUCAUUUCUGGCGCAAGUUCAGCAAAGCUCCGGAAGGCUCUCUUAGGAAACUUGCAGCUCAGAAGCAGUUUGUCGAUGUAAUGUCUCAUAGGGCACACGUAGACCACAGUAUUAAACUGAUUGGAAAGCUUUUGUUCGGAAUGCAGAAAGGUCCAGAGGUUCUGAAGGCUGUUCGUCCUGCAGGACAGCCCCUUGUAGAUGAUUGGGGUUGCCUCAAGACAAUGGUGAGGACUUACGAAACACACUGUGGAUCGAUAUCUCAGUAUGGGAUGAAACACAUGCGUUCUAUUGCUAACAUCUGCAAUGCGGGUAUAAACGAGCAGCAGAUGGCUGAGGCCUCGGCCCAAGCUUGUGCCAGGAUGCCCACAAAUUCUUGGAGUUCCCUUCACAAAGGGUUCAGUGCAUGAUCAGCACACAAGGCCCAACAUCUUUGGCCGGUUCGUGCCCUCUUAUAUGUAAAUAUUUCUUUGCAAUUGCUUAUGGGCUUUAGAUUGCAUCCAUCUUAAAUACGGCCUAGAAAUACGUAUCAGGAUUGUAUGUAAUGAAACCGUGUAAAAUAUAAGUGAUGAUAAUGCAUGGUGCUGCUUGUGCAUUCCAAGUGGAAUAUUGUUUCUUUCUCA